UGGAAAUUUUUACUUUUUAGAUUAGUUAAGUACGAAAUCAAACAUAUUAUUCGUGUUUUUGUUAAUCUAAAAUAUAUUUAUUUAUUUUAUCUACACCCAUUGGACUUUAAAGUUAUACGCACACUACGAAAUGUAUACUAAGCGAUGACCGUUGCCAUAAUUUUUAUUGUGAAUGCAAAUAUUUUGGAAUGGCAUCGUCGAGUCGAGGAAUUCAAAUUGGUUCAGCGUGGUUUCAACGCAAAAUUAAUCUAAGACCACAACACAGUGGCGUACAUUUAGUAACUGAAGAAAUUCUUAAACAAAUACCAGAAAUAUCUCAAUUCUCUGUUGGUUUAUGUCACAUACAAAUUUUGCAUACCUCAGCUAGCCUUGCCAUUAAUGAAAGUUGGGAUCCAAAUGUUCGAGAUGAUAUGGAGAUGAUGUUGAAUAAAAUUGUACCAGAAGGUUUACCUUAUCGACAUUCAUGUGAAGGACCUGACGACAUGCCAGCCCAUGUAAAGGCAUGUUUUCUUGGUUCAUCAAUAACAGUACCAAUUACUGAAGGAAAAUUAAAUCUUGGUACAUGGCAAGGUAUUUGGCUGUGUGAGCAUCGAAAUCAAGCUGGUAGUCGAAAGCUAGUGAUAACAUUAAAUGGAUCACCUAAUUCAUCUGCAAGUGAUUGUAACCGGUCACCAAUGUCUCCGUCCUCGCCUAUGGCUUCAUUAAGCAGUUAGGCACAUCAAAUAUAUUCACAGAAGGAUGUUAUUUAUAGACAUCACAUUCAACAUUAAAUUAGAUACAACUGUUUGCCGCUGCCUCUAGUCAAAUAUAAUAUAAGCACUUUUAUAACAAAUGUUAUUGUACCCCAUCAUAAUUAGUUUAUUCAAUAUUUCGUCAAGUGCAUUAUGAAAAGUAACAACACAUUCCAGAAAAAAAAACAUGAAAAUAUAUAAUAUAAAUACUAUUAUUUAUAAUAUAUUAUACAAUAAAACUUUAACAAAUAGUGAAAAGACAUAAAUGUUACCUUUUAAAAUAUUUAAUAAUAACUACCAUUUAUAAAAUAAGUCACGCUUACAAAUGUUAAUAUAGGACGAAAAGUUAACACAAAAUAUUAAUUCAAUAAUUUCUUAAAUUUUUAUUUAAGUAAUAUAAUUAAAAAACUUUUGUUACUUAGUCGUGAUUUAAUUUAAUUUUGUAUUCAUUUAUCCAAUUUAUUUUUCCAAUUAUAGACGUAAUGAUGUUACCAUUGAGUAUAUAUUACACAAUAUACAAUAUAAUAUAUUCAAUGAUGUUACUUAAUA